GGUCGUGACUCGUGAAUUUGACGCUUAACUGCUGUAGUGAAGCACAUCAAGGGCAGCCAAAUCACCCGUAGCAUGGCGGCCUGCCUAUCUGACUGUAUUCUUGCUCAAUAUUCAUGUACUCGCACGAAUGUAAAUGGUGCGGUUAGGUGUCGUGGAUGCACGGCGUGCACCUCGGAAUUCUUGAUUGCAAUGUGCGUCCGAACGGAACCUCUACCUUCGGCAGCCUCUUCGCAGAAAACACCUUUUAUUUUUCGAGACGCGAUCGGCAUUUUGUUGAAGGCCUUCGAAAAGCAAUCGGCACCGUCAUUGACAACCCGUCCAGGUUUUAGUGCUUCAAAGCCCCAUCUAUUGGAAGAAGCGAUGCCAACACAAGUUGACGAUAAUCGGAAACUGUACUACUUUCCAAUUGAGACUCACGACUGUUGCAAGGAUUUGAGCUGUCCACACAGCAAGAGGCGAGAGAAUUCGCCCAAGACAUGGGCAACAAUAACGAGCAACAAAGCAUGAUAACGCAAACGAGUCCUACCCCGUCACACUCCCUGCAGGGGGAGCCAGAGCAGCCUGUAGAUACAGAGAAUGCGGGACCUUCCUCUACGCAAGAAGGGUCCCGCGAUCAGGUGGGCGAAGCUUCAGGGAACUCUAGCGCUGCUGUGGGGGCCGACGCGGUCUUGUCCAAAACUCAGCAAAAGAAAGCACUUAAGAGAGCAAGAUUUGAGGAAGUCAAGCUGAUCAAACGACAAGCCGAGAGGGCGCGCAAAAAGCAACGGAAGCAGGAAUUCUGGGAACAAAAGAAAAUUGAGGUCGCCAAUGGUCGCAUAUCAGAAGACGAGCUCAAGGGAAAGGGCAAGCAGUUAGCACAACAGCCUGUCCGACCCUACAAUAUCUCCGUUGUGCUAGACUUCGGAUUUGACGAACUGAUGGUAGAAAAGGAGAUCGUCUCCUUGUCUUCCCAGCUCAGCCACAUCUACUCGUCCCAGAGACGCUCAUCAUACCCCGUCGACAACUUAUAUAUCGUGGGCCACGGGUCUCAUCCGGGAACUUCAUUUGCCGAGGCCAAACAGCUCCAGUUACCGCCGAAAGCGAGGGCCCCAAUAGCAUCUGAGAAGAUCCUGGAUUCUGCGCUUGGUCAGAGAAUGCAGAGCGCUUGGAAAGGAGUCUGGAAACGAUGGAAGCAUCUUGCCAUUCUCGAAGCGGGAGGUGUCGAGGACUUGCUGACCAAAGAGGGCUCUGAAGGCGAGGGGCUCCAACCACAAGUCCCGCUGAAGUUCCUGAAUGAGCUUGGAGGCAAGCAUUCCCCAAAGCAACAUCAAGCGCUCCGUCAGCGUAGGCUACGCCGCGAAGAUGUCAUAUACUUGACCGCUGAUUCCCCCCACACUCUAGAAGUGCUCGAGGAAGGCAAGACGUUUGUUAUUGGGGGUAUUGUAGACAAGAAUCGAUACAAAAAUCUUUGUGCGCGCAAAGCAGAAGCCCUCGGGUUCGCAACCGCACGGUUGCCUAUUAAUGAAAAGAAUUUGCAACUACCAGAUGGGAGGAAGCUGGAGACGCGCAAAGUACUGACGGUGAAUCAAGUCUUUGACAUCCUGCUUGGAUGGUGCGAAACGAAAGAUUGGCCGCAGGCUUUGGCGCGCACUUUUCCCGUUCGUAAACUCAAGCCUACCAGCACCCCGGUGAGCGUCUCGCGUAUCCUUGAUGGUGAUGCUUCGAAGAUUGGCGCCGAUUCAGACGAGACGGCGUCUUCCCCUCAAGAAGGUGAUGAAGGUGAGGUCGACGCACAAGCCCCGCAAGCAAGCGCAGCGGUCGAACAGGACGAGGACGACCUCUUCAAUUCUCGAUGACAGUGGUGUCGCAUCAGAGAUGUCCCAUGGAUGUAUGCCAAUGCUUGCAGUGGAUGGUAUAUUACAGAAUUUGAUAAGGUGUCU